AUGAAAAAAUAUCAUACAGUUUUACUUAAAAAAAUUCGAUCAAUACAUCAGAAAUAUAAAGAAAUUGAAGAAAAUGUAAAAGAACAAGAUCAAAAAUUAAUUUUAUUAGAUGAUAAAACAUUAGAAGCUCGUUUAAAAGAUCUCUCAAAAAAUUUUGAAGAAGGAACAGUUGCAAUGAAUGAAAAUCAAUUAAAAACUGGAUCUGAAUUGAAUCAAAUUUUAUGUCGAGAAUUAGAACAAACAAGUAAAUUAUUUGAAACAAGUGUAGAACGUCAAUCAAUAUUAAAUGGUACAUGUACAAUUGCAUUAGUAUUUUUAACUUAUCUUGAUCCAUUCACAUAUGGAUUUUGA